AUGACUACAUUUUCUAAAACUAAUUUCAAAUCAUUAAACUACAAUUCAUUUCGUCCUCAUUAUCCACCAUCAUUUUAUAAAAUAUUAGCUGAUUACGUCACCAAAGUGGAACUGCCACUUCCAAUCAAUUUACCAAUUGAUAAAACCAUUGAUUUAGGAUGUGGAACUGGUGUUGCUACUUAUCCCUUAUUAAACAUUUCCACUAAUGUUAUUGGAGUUGAUUUAUCACUGAAAAUGAUUGAAACUGCAAAUUCAUUAAUUGAAAAGAAUUUACAAACAUUGGGUAUUAAUAAUUCUACUCUGACACCGAGAAUUAAAUUUAUUACUGGAUCAGUUGAAGAAUUUGUUAAACAACAGCAACAAAAUAAAGAUCAUAAUAUUGCUUCCACUCUCGAACCCAAUUCAAUUGAUUUAAUAACUGCUGCUCAAUGUAUUCAUUGGUUUCAAGAUUAUGAUUCAUUCUUCCAAAAUUGUCAUCAAUUAUUGAAAAAUGAUACGGGUGUCUUAGCAUACUUCUUUUAUAAUGACCCGAAAAUUGUUGGAUUUCUGGGACCAGCACGUGAAGACAUCCCCAAGGAAGAGAUACUCAAGUUAAGCUAUCAAGUAUAUAAUAAAUAUGUUUAUGAUGAUGAUAAUUAUAUUGGUCAAUAUUGGGAACAACCAGGUCGUAAUAUUUUGAAACAUUUUUGUCAACAAGUUAACGAAAAGAUCCCACGUGACCUAUUCACCGAUAUUGUUAUCAACACAUUUAAACCAUCAAUUGAAAAAAACAAUAGUGGUAGUACUAGUAUAGCCAAUGAAGAAGUUGAUUUGGAUUUAAAAAAAAUUGGAAUUUCAAUUCAAGAUUAUAUUGAUUAUAUUUCAACUUAUAGUGGAUUCCAUAAUUAUAAAGAAGUUACUGGUAAGGAUGAUUUAUUAACUAAUGAAUUUGUGAAAGAAUUGAUUGAAGUUACCGGUUGGGAUUUAAAAAAGACUAAGAUUGAUUUAGUUUGGAAUACUGGUUAUACUUUUAUUAGAAAAAGAAAGAGCACCUAA